CCCCGAUGUCUCUUUUCUCCUGAACAAUAGAAGUAAGCCAAGGCUUAGAGCAAAGGAGUGCCGUGUUGCAGCGGAGGUAAGAACGGCGUCAGAACACCUCGGAGGGAUACGACGUAGGAAUCCACUCCCUCUGGCCAGAACAUCACAAUGACCGGCGGCCGCCCGACCCUCGCCAUGACUCUCUCUCAUAUGCUGGUGAUUGCGCUGUGUGUAAGCCACGUAUCGCUGGCGCAGCACCUAAGAAGAUAUAGACACGUCAGCCGCCCAUGGGUGGUGUCACCGAGCCGUGGCGAGGCAUGGCCCCGGCCCAUGAAGCAGACUACGGGGCCUGAUCUGCUCUUGCUGAACCCAAGCACGUUCACCUUCGUGUUCGUCGGGCCCCCUGGAGGCUGCGACGUCGUCGAUCGGGCACUAAAGCGAUACCGUAACCAGCUGAUCUUCAGCGGCUGCUUGGGGCCCAGAGGAGAGACAGCCAGCCAGAGAAGGGUACCCCCCCUUGGCCCUGUCAAGGGCCUGCCCGUAGCCGGCAUAAACUCGCUGCUUGUCCUAUUGGGUGGGCCGUGCGAGCACAUACCACAUCACGACAUGGACGAAGCAUACACUCUGGAGCUGACGGCAAACUCACAGCCUUCACUUAUGGCCAGUUCCGUUUGGGGUCUGCUAAGGGGUCUGGAGACGUUCAGCCAGGUUGUGUACCCCUACGACGGCUUUCAGUUCGCUGUCAAUGAGACUGUCAUCCACGACGCCCCAAGGUUCCAGCACCGCGGUCUUCUCAUCGACACUUCCAGGCACUUCCUCCCGCUCAAGAAGAUUGUCGAGACAUUGGACGCUAUGGCUUACAACAAAAUGAACGUUCUCCACUGGCACAUGACCGACGACCAGUCUUUUCCUUUUGUCAGCAGAACGUUUCCAACUCUCAGCGAAAAAGGUGCUUACAAUCCUGAAACGCACGUGUACAGACCCGCUGACGUACAGUACGUGAUUGGCGAGGCCGCAGCCAGAGGCAUCCGGGUCAUGGUAGAAUUCGAUACUCCCGGUCACACGUUGUCGUGGGGCCAGGCGUACCCCGAGCUGCUGACCACAUGCUACAAAGCCGACGUGCCGAAUGGCGAGCUGGGCCCUGUGGACCCGACGCGCAACGAGACGUACGUUUUCAUGGCGCACUUCUUCGCCGAGGUGGCGCGCGUCUUUCCUGACCGGUACCUCCACCUGGGGGGCGACGAGGUCAACUUCGACUGCUGGCAGUCUAACCCGAACAUCACGAGCUUUAUGCGAAGCAUGGGAUUUCCAUCGCGCUUCGACAAACUGGAGGAGCACUACAUUCAGAGAUUGCUAGAAAUUAUUCAGACCCUGCGCAAGAGCUACGUGGUUUGGCAGGAGGUGUUCGACAACAAGGUGAAGAUUGCUCCGGACACUGUGGUGCACGUGUGGAAGCCGCCACAGAAUGAGGAGCUGUCCUCGGUAACGUCUGCGGGCUACAGGGCACUACUGUCAGCUUGCUGGUACCUGGACUACAUAUCCUACGGUGCUGACUGGAAGAAGUACUACGUCUGCGACCCGCACCACUUCUCAGGCAGUCCCGAACAGAAGGCUCUGGUCAUUGGCGGGGAAGUUUGCCUCUGGGCCGAAUACAUAGACGCCAGUAACAUCAUAAGCAGGACUUGGCCCCGCGCUUCGGCGGCAGCCGAACGGCUGUGGAGUCCAGCUUCGGUGAAUAGCGUGGAAGAAGCGGCCCCCAGGCUGGAAGAGCAUCGCUGCAGGAUGAGAAGGCGUGGACUGAUGGUUGAACCUCAGAAUGGUCCUGGGUUCUGCGAUUGCGACAAUGCCAUAUAAGCUUUGGAGCGUCGACCACAAAGUUUAAAUACCACGUCCAAGACAUCAGAAGGCGUGUACACUUUGCGUCAUGGAGUUCAAGCUAUAAAACAUUCUUUAGAUGAACAAUAAUUGCA